GGCGACGCGGAGAUGAAAUUAAGUCUUAGUUAUUUUCCCAGGGCUUCUCGAUCAGUCUCAAUCGCGGCCGCGGCAUCAUGACGAUCAUGAGCCUAUUACAUGUUAAGUUCCUUCCCACCCCGCAGUCAUUAUGGUCGUACAAAGUAAGCAUUUCCUGAACACUGCACCUUCCCUCGUACUUGAUUCCUUAGAAGGGCUGUGUGCAAUCAAUGCACAUCUAGCUCUCGAUCCGACGCAUAGAGUCGUGUACCUUGCCGAUCAGGACCGCUCCAAAGUUGCCCUACUCUGCGGAGGUGGCUCUGGCCAUGAGCCAUCCCACUCAGGCUUUGUAGCUGCCGUGUGUGGUAAUGUCUUCGCCUCUCCAAGUGCUGGUCAAGUUCGCCGAGGCAUAGAUCUGAUCGAUAAUGAGAAAGGCACUAUCAUUGUAGUAAAGAAUUACACUGGCGAUGUACUCAACUUUGGUCUAGCCAAAGAAGAGUAUGCAGCCCGUGACCCCCAAAAAGCUGAUCGCGUCAAAUUCAUCAUCGUGGGAGAUGAUGUUGCUGUAGGAAGAACCCAGGGCAGUAUUGUCGGACGACGGGGUCUCGCCGGUGUUUGUCUUGUCUACAAAAUUGCAGGUGCCCUCGCCCAAACGGGUGCCUCUGUAGAUGAGGUCUAUGAUGUCGCCCAGUAUGUCUCCUCUAGGCUCGGCACCAUAGGUGUUGGUCUGGACCACUGUCAUGUCCCAGGCACCGCUGUUCCUGAUACGCACUUGGGUGCGAAUGAGCUCGAAAUUGGUCUUGGAAUUCACAACGAAAGUGGUCACCGCCGCAUCUCUCCUGUUCCGCCUCUCAAUGAACUCAUCCCCACUCUCCUCGAAAUGAUCACUUCCACAACCGAUAAAGAGCGGUCGUUCGUUCCCUUCAAGAACGACGGUACCGAUUGUGUCGUUCUCCUCAUCAAUAACCUCGGAGGUCUCAGUGAGCUUGAGCUCGGCGGAGUAGUCGCUGAAGUGAGACGUGCGUUGGACAAAUCUGGGAUUACAAUCAUGCGUUUGCUUUCUGGCUCUUUCAUGACAAGUCUCAACAUGCCCGGAUUUUCCAUUACUAUGCUCCUGCUCCCCGCCGCAAACGACAUGGGAACUCCGUCCACUGAUCUCAUCCUUUCUUUACUGGACGACAGUACCAAUACCCCAGGAUGGAAGUGGUCCUCCAUGUCUAUUCCAAAGCCACCAUCCGUCUCUUCGUCCCUCCCCACUGCAACCCGCGUAAAAGCCUGCCAGUCAGCCUCACUCAAAGCUCCCGAUGUCAAUCGAUUCAACAGUGCCCCCGAGAUUACUCGCAUGGACAACAUUGCUGGUGAUGGAGACUGCGGACUUACGCUCAAGGGAGGUGCAACAGCCGUGCUUGGAGCUCUGAGUAACAACAGCAUCACCGGCAACGACGUUCUCGGCAGCGUCAUCACCAUCUCUCGUAUCGCCGAGGACGCGAUGGGAGGAACGAGCGGAGCCCUCUAUUCAAUUUUCUUUUCUGCCCUUGCCCAAGCCCUCGCAAAAAGCUCUGCCGAGACCGUCACACAAGAAGUAUGGUGCACGGCGCUAGAAGCUGCGCUAGCUCGUUUGUAUACUUACACCAGGGCCCGCCCUCCUUCUCGUACUCUUGUCGACCCCCUCGCUGCGUUCAUCGGCGCUCUGCCGUCCGGCCUUGCGACAGCAGUGAAGGCUGCUGAAGAGGCUGCUGAGGCGACGAAGGACAUGGAAGCCAAGGCUGGCAGGAGCGCAUACAUUGAUAGCACAAACCUGAAGGCCGAGCGGAUCGCUGAUCCUGGAGCGUGGGGCGUGAAAGUUGUGGUGGAGGCACUAUCUCAAUCAUUGUAAGUCAUUUUAUUCUACACAUCUUGGCGUGUAACAUCAUACUGUAGUCGCGCGUUAUAUAAGUAUGGGUUGACUUUCCAUACACGUGACUGACGCGU